CGAGUCAUCGCCAGAGAAGAGCAGAGAGCAGCGGAGCAGUCGUCCCAUGGCUUGAAAUCGGGGAAUAACUGUGGACCACAGUGGAUUUAUUGCGCCACACGAGCCUAGAGGAGCGAAACGGCGUCGCAGGAGCUGGCUAUGUUGAUACGGAUGAGGAUUGAGCAUCUUUGAGUUGCCUUUCGGUCGCGGUUGCAGACCCGGACAGAGACAACACAGACAGAAAUAAGUACCAGAGCCGCCGCGACACCACCGAGCGAACUUGGCUUCUCUUCCCGGUGGGAGGUGUCUGUCUGUCGGCUACGGCUCGCUGCACAAACCGCUUCUCGCCACGCUGUUCGGACCUUUCUUUAGAAGGACACGGUUGUAACUAAGUUAUGUUUUUGUAAAUAGCUUCUUUUUGGGCUUUUUCGACAACCAACUGUGGCUUUAAUGUGACGCACUAUACUGACAUUAGUGCUGUGUCGGAGCGGACCCCCCUGCAGAGGAGUUCCAGGCUUUAAAUCAAGUUUUCACCUUCAUAUUAUCUGGUUCCCGGACAGACCUCACCAAUGGAAUAGUGACAAGGGCCGAAGCAGAUCGAGCUGGGCCAGGCUGGGCCAGGCUAGGCCUACCUAGCCUUCUGUCUGGCCUCACCAGACGGGCCAGCGACCUCUACACUCCCAUCCUCAACGAUCUGUGGGAGCUUCAGCCUGUUCUGACAGACCCUUCAGCUGUAACAGAUUGGAUUCCAACCAUAUUUUGUUUUAUCAGCCCUCUGAGGCCAUAGUGGUCUGUUCUAUCUCCAGUCCUUCCAUGUCGUGGAUGUCCCUCUCUGGAUGUUGGAAACAGGAUGGAUUCGGGUGUUAAUUUGACGGUUGUCACCUCAUUGCAGUGCUUGCACCCCCCCUCCUUUGAUUGGCUUUUGACUUUUCCCUCCCCAAUCUCUAAGCGAAAGCCCCUGCCUCUCUCUCGUGGGGCUUCCCGGAGCCCUGUACAGGAGGGCCUUCUUGGAACUGUAGGUUGUUUUGUUGAAACAGUUGACAUUACAAAGAGGAAGCAGAUUUACCCAUCCCUUUUUCUUUUUUCCUGCGGUGUUAUUUGAGGUUGGAGAGCUUUUCAUUUGACAAAAGAAGCUUGCUAGCAGAGAUUUGUGCCUGCAUACACACGGUGUACAUAAGUUUUUAUUUAUAAGUACCGAAUUCUUCUUUUUUGUGGUCUUAGCCUCGGGGAGGAAUGUCUGAAAGCAGCAGUAGCAGCAGUAAAGCGGUAAUAUUCAUUGCCCCGGCCUCCCCUCCUCCCUCAGCCUCUCCCUCUCCAUCACCCCAGACCCCCAAUAAGAAUGUGAAUGGCUCCGCCAGUUCAGACACGGACGUGGUGGAAAAGCUCAUUGUCCACCCUGAGGUCCAGCGGCGGCGCCACACCAUGGAUAGAGACUCCAAAAUAGCCGAGCACCGCUUCUUCCGCCGGAGUGUCAUCUGUGACUCCAAUGUCACAGCUUUGGACCUGCCCAGCAAAGCAGCUGUGAUACUCACCUCACCCCCAGACUGCCAAGGGCCUCCCACCUUUUUGCUUCCCCAAGCCCCUGGACAUGGGCUGCGAGACGCUGAAGGAGAUGAGCUCCCGAGAGGUGUGCAAAGCCCCAUCCUGCAUCCCGGCCUGGGGACUGGGGGGGCAGCUGCGGAGGGGCACAUAGAAACUGCAGAGGAAGAUUUAAGUAAAGGCGGGAUUACAAUUGCUGUUCCCACAUGUAGUAUUGAAAAAGAACGUAGUGCAGAAGGGGCCGUGAAAGAACCCAGCCCGGCAUUAUUGGAUGUUACCGAAAAAACAGCCGACAAACAGCCUGAGGUCACAUUGAGGCCCAGAGGAUGCGAGGAGACACAACAGGUAACAAAAGACGGAAAAGCGAUAGAACAUGUGGACGGGGGGACUGUUAGCAGUCCGACAGAGGAGAAAGACAAGGAGACGGAGGAGGAGAGGGGGCUGGCCAAAGCACGGGCGGAGCAGAGGGAGGCCGAGAAACGAGUGCAGGAGGAUAUAGAGGAGGUGGAGACAAAAGCUGUGGGCACUUCUACAGACGGGCGCUUUUUAAAAUUUGACAUUGAGAUUGGAAGAGGGUCCUUUAAGACUGUGUACAAGGGACUGGAUACAGAGACUACUGUGGAAGUGGCAUGGUGUGAACUCCAGGAUCGCAAACUAUCCAAGUCGGAGCGUCAGCGCUUCAAAGAGGAGGCCGGGAUGUUGAAGGGUCUCCAGCAUCCUAACAUUGUCCGCUUCUAUGACUCCUGGGAGGGCCCAUGCAAAGGAAAGAAAUGUAUUGUUCUGGUCACAGAGCUCAUGACAUCUGGCACACUUAAAACCUACCUGAAGCGUUUCAAGGUGAUGAAAAUCAAGGUCCUGCGUUCUUGGUGCAGACAGAUCCUCAAAGGCCUUCACUUCCUGCACACCAGAGCCCCGCCCAUCAUCCACAGGGACCUGAAGUGUGACAAUAUCUUUAUCACAGGGCCCACAGGCUCCGUGAAGAUAGGGGACCUGGGCUUAGCCACGCUGAAGAGGGCCUCCUUCGCCAAGAGUGUCAUCGGAACCCCAGAGUUUAUGGCUCCAGAGAUGUAUGAGGAGAAGUAUGAUGAGUCGGUAGAUGUCUACGCCUUUGGGAUGUGUAUGCUGGAGAUGGCUACGUCAGAGUACCCCUACUCUGAGUGUCAGAACGCGGCCCAGAUCUACAGGCGGGUCACUAGUGGAGUAAAACCAGGCAGCUUUGACAAGGUAGCCAUUCCUGAGGUGAAGGAAAUUAUAGAGGGCUGCAUCAGAACAAACAAGGAUGAGAGAUAUGCUAUAAAGAUCUUGCUGAACCAUGCGUUCUUCCAGGAGGACACGGGGGUCCGGGUUGAACUGGCAGAAGAGGAUGAUGGGGAAAUGAUUGCCAUCAAACUCUGGCUCAGGAUAGAAGACGUGAAGAAGCUCAAAGGCAAAUACAAAGACAACGAAGCCAUCGAGUUCUCCUUUGACCUGAUCAAGGACGUCCCUGAAGAUGUGGCGCAGGAAAUGGUUGAGUCUGGCUACGUUGCUGAGGGGGAUCAUAAGACCAUGGCCAAGGCCAUCAAGGACCGCGUGUCUCUGAUCCGCCGCAAGAGAGAGCAGAGGCAGCUGGUACGAGAGGAGCAGGAGAAGAGAAGACUGGAGACUGAGCAACAACAACAACAACAGCUUCAUCAGCAGCAGCAGCAGCAGCAGCAGCAACAACAACAACAACUUCAGCAGCAACAACAGCUUCAGCAACAACAGCUACAACAACAACAACAACAGCAACAACAGCAACAACAACAGCAGCAGCAGCAGCAGCAGCAACAAGAGACACUCAAACUUUCCCACACACAGGUAGAAGCGGAGGAGACAGACGUGGAGCAUCAGCAGCUUCAAUAUCAGCAGACCGCUAUCUUGCACGCAUCUGAAGGGGGUCUGGACAGUGGACAGGGCUCCUCAGUUUUCUCCUCUGACACCCCCAACCUGGCUCAGCUGACCAUGUCAUACAGCUGUCCCACCUCCACCCACCCCCCCUCCCAGCCCCAAACCCCCUACCCCUCCACCCCCUCAGCCAACCCACAGCAGCACCCGGGCUACGCCCAGCCGCUGCAGCAGCAAAUGCCUGCGUCUCGCCCUCGUCGAAGUCGUAGCAUGUCUUUUUGCGUCCCCCCCUCCUCAUACUCCUUUUCCCAUGCUCCUUCACCCCUGGCCGCUCAUCCACAGCAGCCCUCCACCCCUCCUCCCGACCUGUACUCCUCAUCCUCCUACACCACCCCCCCCUGCAUGCCUCUCGCGGCUGAGAGGGACACAUUCGCCGGGCGCCUCUCCAAGGCCCUGGAGACGGUCCUGCCCCUCCACUCUGCCUCCCCUCUGCCCAGCACCAUGCAGCGGAGGGCCAGCCUGCCCGCCCUGUUCUCCACGCCUCAGCAUUCAAUGCCGCACCCCUACAGCGGAGGAGGAAGCACAGGAGGGAGCAUCCCCCUCCAAACCCUCCCAGACCCCCCUACUAUUUUCUUCCCCUCCAUCCCUGAGCGGCCCAUAUCUUUCUCUCCUCCCCCCACUGGGCCUCCUAAGGCCUACAACACCCAGAGACGCAAGAGCACGUCCAUUCUGGAGGCACACACCCGGCACUUCCAGCCUGCCUACCCUCGCUAUGGGAGUAGCCUGCAUCCUUUUGCUGGGAUGGAGGGCGUUGAGACCCCUCCUCUCUUUAUGGUCAAUCCCAGUUUUGCAGCAGCUGCUCAAAGACUUGGUGUUGGAGAGCCGCUGCAUCUCCAAGGACAAUCUGACCCGAGCUUGUACGUCUACAAAGACAUGAGAGCAGAGCACGAGGAAGCAGUGAGGAGACUGAGUCUGAAUCAAGCUGCCUUAUUGGACCAUUAUGAAGCCAUGGCAUAUGGAGGUUAUCCAAUGACUUCACACCAACUAGGCCACUUGGGUUUCCAUCAGCAGAUGCAAGCAGCAGCCGCCGCUGCUAGCAUGGGGUUUGAACCGGUUCCUCCCCCUCAGCCGGGCUUCUUGCACACACAUCUCAUGCAAAGAAUGAGCACACACAGUCCAAUCCCUCCACCUUUACCCCCCAUGAGUGGGCCCACCGGUGGCUCUACAUCAUCAUCUGAUGGAUGCUACCCUCCACCACAGCACCCCUCCUCUUCUGCUUUCCCCAUGUCCGCACCUGCAGUGAUGGCCGAAGCCUUGCCAUCAACUGGGAGUGUUUUUGAGUUCCAUUUAGCCGCAGCGGCCGCAGCUGCUGCUGGAGACCCAAGCCUCCUGGCGUCCAGACUGUACCGGGCCCGCAGGAGCUCCAUGGACCUCCCUCUGGAAGACACUGGGACUGGGUCCGGAGGUUCAGGCACGUACAGCCGACUGCAGCCAGUGAAAGAGGAGCUGUACACGUACCUCAGCCCCGAGCUCCCCUUACCUCCAGGAAGUCUCCUCCUUCACCACAUAGGGAUAGCCGGAAAAGACAGAAGCCCAGAUCCUUCUAGUGACUCGUUUGCCUCCUCUGACGCCGGAGAGUUCCAGUCCCCUCCUCCCCCUCCUCUGCUCCCUCCCUUCGACUCCUCCGCUGCUCAGUCCAUCCCUCACUCGUCCUCCGCUGUGUUCUACGAUGCGCCCGGAGGACUGUUCGCUGUAGAUCCCCACGGACACCCACCCUCCAUGCAGAGCUUUCUCCCUGCCACCCCAUCCACUGAGCUUGGGGGAGCACCAUCCACCCAGCUGGAGUCUCUGAUCCAGAGUGCCUGGGCUCGGCAUGGAGGGGUGAUACCAGCCCAACCCGAUAUGACAUACCAUGAGUCAUUGCUGGCCAUGCAGGCCGCUAACCCCACUCUGCAGCAGGUUCAGUCCCCCAUCCCACAAUCCACUGCAGGACCACCCCCUCUGGUUCCUGCCAACACACAGCCAGCUCCUCCUGGGACCCCCCAACAGGUCGUUUCAUCCAGUCACAGUAUCACAUCAGUUCAGAGCCCCUCGCACACAUCUCUGCCUUACACAUCUUCACAGUUUCUUGACGUCAGUCCGUCUCCGAGUAUAGAGCAUCUUUAUCUUCUGUACCAAGCUGCUCAGCUAGUUCUGGUUCAGUCUUCAGAGCUGUCCCAGUCCCAACUACAGCCACCUCAAGUCCUCUCAUCUAUAGAGAGCGGCCACUCUGAGGCCUCAGGUCUGAGUGACGGAAACGAGGGAGGAGGAGGAGUAGGAGGAGGAGGAGGAGGAGGAGGAGGAGGGGGUCGCCAUGAAGGGCGCUCCACCAAGAGACAUCAGAGGCGUUCAGUGCGAAGUCGAUCACGCAAUGAGAAGACCUCCAAGGCCAAACUCAAUGUCCUCAAUAUCUCCAACCGAGGAGACAGGGUAGCAGAGUGUCAGCUGGAGACACACAACAGGAAGAUGGUGACCUUCAGGUUCGACCUGGACGGAGACAACCCUGAGGAGAUCGCCCAGAUCAUGGUCCAGAGUGAGUUUAUCCUGGAGAGUGAGAGGGAGUCGUUCAUUGAGCAGGUCAGAGAGGUGAUAGAGAACGCAGAUGAGAAGGGUCUGGAGAGAGACUCAAACAGCCAGAUGGAAGGUGAUAUGGCGCAGCAGAUUCCUACUAGAUCUGUCCCCAUGCCAGACAUCUCUCCCAGUGCAACAGCACAAGUGGUCCAUUCAGCGGGUCGGCGGUUCAUCGUCAGCCCCGUACCUGAGGCCCGGCUGAGGGAACAAACACUCCCCUCUUCCCCUUCUCCGGCCCGCCAACGGCCUUCAGGAAUAGUUCCUCCAGCUGCAGCUCCAGCCCAGACCCCCGCCACUGGUUUGAGCUUGUCCCAGUCAGCUGGAGCCAUCAGCUUACAGCAGGCCUUCUCUGAGCUCAGACAGAACCGGGAUCAGUUUGACCCCGGACCCAGCACCGCCCCUGCCUCCAUCCACUCCACCCACCCCCCUCUGCAGCCUGCAGCAGCUACUGCCCCCCCACAGGCCAGCUCAGUCCCUCCCACUGUGGAUCCUACUGCUGCUCUCCUCCCUUCUAGUUUCAACCCGCCACAGGAGCAGGUGUUGGAGCCCUCACUUUCUCCUCCUUCCUCCUCCUCCACCCCCUCCUCUAUGCCCAGUGUCCCUCUCAGCCAUCCUUGCUCCUCCCCCUCUCCUCCCACUGGGGUGAGUCAGUCCACCCUUCAGUCCCAGCCUGUGUCCCAGUCCCAGGUUCAAGCACAGAUUCAGCCGCAGGCUUUCCCCCAGCCUCAGUCUCAUCCUGUCAUUGCUACAUCAGCCCCCUCCCCUUUACCACCUGCCAGCAUCUCCGGCCUCCCCCCACCACUGCUCACCUCCCCUCCUCCCGCCCAGACUCCUGUAUCCUCGCCUCCUUCCUCCACUCUUCUAGCUAGUGAAGUCUCCUCAGAACAUCCGUCAGUGUCCCCCCCCUCCUCCUCUACUGCUUCCCUCUCCUCCUCCGUCAUCCUCACCACUGCCAUCCCAGGGCCACGGCUCACUCCCCCCACCUCCUUCCACACCACCACCCCUCCCUCCUCUUCCUCCUCCGUUGUGGGGCUCCAGCCAGUGACCACCAAUGUUCCCUCAGUCCAACCGACCUUGGUCCACUCCCAGCCGCAGACGGCAGCGCUGCCUGGGCAGACGCACACACACUGUGGGGAAUGUGAUGCAAGGUGUGAGGCGUUCAAUGAGUCCCAGGGUAAGCCGGACGACAUCCAGGCUCUGGAGAUGAAGCUGCGCUCUCUCUUCAUGGACAUGGGUGGAGGGGGGUCAGCCACCGGUGGAGACCUCUCAGCUGCUGACCCUGCGUCUGGAGCCCACGCAGCAGGUACCUCGUCCCCAAUGGGCCCCUGCCCUACCUCCAGCACAUCUGUCACCACACCUGUGUCCAGCCAGCCGGCCAACCCUCCUCAGCCCCCCUGCACCCUGCCGCUGGGCUCCCCUGCCCCCGCCCAGAGACCAGGAACACCCAUCUCCACCCCUGCUCCCAUCGUUUCUACAGUCGUCCCUGCUUCAUCCUUUGGCCAGACCACUCCAUCCAAAACUCCUUUAUCCAGGACAUCGGCCAGUUCUCCUCCUUCAGAACUCCUGCCAUCAUUCCCCGGACCUUGUCUAACACAGUCCCAGCAGCCUCUGGAGGACCUUGAUGCUCAGUUGAGGAGAGCGCUCAGCCCAGAGACACACACACAGGCCUCUCACAGUGGCACGCAUUCAGCGGGACAACCAAUUCCUUUCUCUCUGGAUGAAGCUGAGUCCACCUCUGGUCAUUCAGGUGGAAUUAAACUGGGAAGAUUUCAGGUGUCCUUGGCCACUGAAGCGCCUCCUGUCCACCGCCCGGCCUGCACUGAGUCUUCCUCCACCUCCUCCUCCUCCUCGUCGUCAUCUUCUUCCUCCUCGUCCUCCUCAAGUCUCUCCAGCCCGGAGAAUACACUGCACAGGAACUCCUCGACUCCUCUCAGAAAAGGAAAAGGAGGGGAUGUUGUUGAUGGACCUCCUCAGCGCUCUCAGGGGGGGUCCAAACAACCCUCCCCCCUCACCUCACCCUGCCCCACCACCACAAUCGGACGCUUCCAGGUCACCACCAGCCCAGAGGCCCGUGUUGGUAGGUUCUCAGUCAGUCGUGCCCAGGAGCAGAACCUGGAGUCAGGGCCGACCCCCCCACCUGGCUCCCCGGCUGCUAAUGGACCCAGUCACCCUGCGCAGGUUCUGAGUCCAGACUCCACUCAUAAAGCGUCACUGCCCAGUUUAAACAACAACUCUUUCAAUAACUCCUACAUCAGCAGCGACAACGACUCCGAAUUUGAGGAUGAAGACUUCAAACUGGAAGUCAGCCACCUCACAGAAAAGCACAUGCGUGAGAUUCAGGCCUUACACUCCCGCCAGAAGGAGGAAAUAGACAGUCUCUUUACAAAGCUGGGAAAGGUUCCUCCAGCUGCAGUGCUCCCACCAAUUAUAGGCUUGACUGGAAGGAGAAGACGACCUACAAAGAGCAAAUCCUCCAAAUCGUCCAGAACCAGCUCCACGCACAGCAGCAAGAGUCCGUUACAACCAGGCAGCACUUUAUCGGCCCAGAGCGCCCCCACCCUGCCCCCCGGCCCGCUGGCUCUGUUAGCCCCAGGAGGACUAGCCGAUUCGGGCAGCAGUACUCUGCUCCAGCCUCUCAAACCCUCUCCCUCCAGCAACAACGUGUGCUCGGCCUGCACCAGCGACACGGCGCUCUCUGUGCCCAGCCUGUGUGCUCCCACCCCAGGCUGUGUAAAGUUCAGCUGGGGUUCGGAGCGUUUGGCCUUCAAGCCUGGCGGCAGGAGGACGCGCUUUCUGAGUACGCCCUGCUUGGCUCUUUGGAAGAUGGUGAAAAAAGUGUGCCCCUGCAACCAGCUCUGUAGGACUAACAGCACCAACGCAGUGAGUGGGUCAGGGGGUCUGUGUCAGAGCCAGGGGGGCUCUCAGUCCCUGCCCCCCAGCAUGUCUGCCCCCCACCAGAGGAAAGGAACCUUCACCGAUGACCUCCAUAAACUGGUGGACAACUGGGCCCGAGACGCCAUGAACCUCUCACAGGGGAAGAGGAGUGCCAAACAGCUGCCGCAGGCCCCAGCACAGGGACACAGCUACGAGGUGAUCCAGUCAGCCAGUCUUGGCAGGAAGUUCUCCGCCCCCGGUCAGCUGUGUCCCAGCAGCAUUGGGGGGUCAGCCCACCUUCCCACAAACUCCACCACUGCUACCUCUCUGGCCGCCCGCAAGGGCUCCCUGUGCCAACCCCCCGCCUCCUCCGCCCCCCCUCAACCCCAACCCCAACCCCCCCAGUUCAUCCAUUACACCCCCACCUCGGCCUACAGCGCACAGUGGUCCGGGUCGUCGACCCUCCCCCAGGCCCCGGGGCAGCCUGGGCCCCUGCUGGUCAGCACCUCCCAGCCCCUGGGCCCCUACCCCCCCUCACUCAGUGGGCAGGGCCAGAUCCCCGGGCAGGGGCCGCUCCAGGCCUUCCAUCUGACCAACUCCCUCAAGAAGUCGGUUAGCAACCCGGGGGGGCCCAACCUGAGGACCACGUAGGGCCCGGGGGGGGCUGGUUUGAAUCACGGCCCGACUGGACUGAGUGUUACAGGCUGGGGGGGGGGGGGGAAACAGUUUGAAAUGAAAAGAAAAUGAAGAGGAGUGAAGACAGCAGGAAUGUGAUGUGUCAGCAUCUCCACAGUGUGUGUGUGUGUGUGUGUGUGUGUGUGUGUGUGUGUGUGUGUGUGUGUGUGUGUGUGUGUGUGUGUGUGUGUGUGUGUGUGUGUGUGUGUGUGUGUGUGUGUGUGUGUGUGU